GCGAGUCAUCUCGAUCGAUCGAGCGCAAUGGCGGCGGCGCUGCGUUGUGUUGCGGUGGUGGUCGCAGUCGCCGCGGCGGCGAUGGGGGUGGAGGCGCUCGGGGUGAACUGGGGAACCAUGGCGACGCGCCGGCUGCCGCCCAACGUGAUGGGCCAGCUGCUCAAGGACAAUGGGUUCAAGAAGGUGAAGAUCUUCGACGCCGACGAGAACACCAUGAUGGGGCUCGCCGGCACCGGCAUCGAGACCAUGAUCGCCGUGCCCAACGACAUGCUCGCCGCCGUGGGCGACUACGGACGAGCCCAGGAGUGGGUCAAGAAGAACGUGACCAAGUACGACUUCGACGGCGGCGUCAACAUCAAAUUUGUGGCGAUUGGCAACGAGCCGUUCCUCACGGCGUACAAUGGCACGUACAACAACGUCACCGUGCCAGCGCUCAAGAACAUACAGCGCGCCCUCAACGAGGCCGGCCACGGGUCGGUGAUCAAGGCGACAGUGCCGGUUAACGCCGACGUCUACGACUCGCCGGCCAGCAACCCUGUCCCCUCUGCGGGGAAGUUCCGCGACGACAUCGUCGGCAUCAUCACCGACAUGGUCAAGUUCCUCAACCACAGCGGCGCGCCAUUCAGCGUCAACAUCUACCCGUUCCUCAGCCUCUACGGCAACGACGACUUCCCGAUCGACUACGCCUUCUUCGACGGCGCCCCGCCAAAGCCCGUCAUCGACAAUGGCAUCAACUACACCAACGUGUUCGACGCCAACUUCGACACCCUCGUCUCGGCGCUCAAGAAGAUCGGGUUCGGAGACCUGCCGGUCGUCAUCGGCGAGGUCGGCUGGCCGACGGACGGCGACAAGCACGCCACCGUGCCCUACGCGCAGCGCUUCUACGCCGGGCUACUCAAGCGGCUGGCGGCGCGGCAGGGCACGCCGCUCCGGCCCCACGCACGGAUCGAGGUGUACCUGUUCGGGCUCAUGGACGAGGACGCAAAGAGCGUGGACCCGGGCAACUUCGAGCGCCACUGGGGCAUCUUCACGUUCGACGGGAGGCCCAAGUUCCCGCUGGACCUGCGCGGCAAUGGGCGGCCGGCCAUGCCGGCCCCGGCCAGGGGCGUGCACUACCUGCCGCGGCGCUGGUGCGUGCUGAACCCGAACGCCAGCAACACGACGGCGCUCGCGGACAACGUCGGCUACGCCUGCUCGCGCGCCGACUGCACGGUGCUCGGUUACGGCUGCAGCUGCGGCUCACUGGACGCCACCGGGAACGCCUCCUACGCGUUCAACGUCUACUAUCAGGCGCAGGGGCAGGUGCCGUCGGCGUGCGACUUCCAGGGGCUCGCCAUGGUCACUGACAAGGACGUGUCGCAGCCCCCCUGCAACUUCAGCGUACAGGUCGCCGAGUCCAACGCGACGGCCGUGACCAUGACCGCGGACGCCAAGUCCUCCGCCCCGUCCUCGGUGCCGGCGCGGGUGGCCGCCGCCGUGCUGGCUUUGGGGUUCGUGUUGCCACCAUCACCACCGGCCAGCCGGGAUAGGUUCGCCAGGGUCGGUCGGGAUAGGUCUCCCGCCGGGGCCUUCAGCUGCCACUCGCCUGAGAGAGCAAGCGCGAUCCUGCGCGGGGAACUGCAGUGCAGGUUCACAUCGCUUUUUUCGUUCACAUCGUCGUGCGACACGCAGGAGAAGAUCAGGGCGUCGCUGGAGAUGGACACUAACACGGACGGGGAGACGGAGGAGGAUGCGCCGCGCUUCACACCCUACACGCUACGGCGCCAGCAACUAUCAGGCCUUGUUUACUUCUAG